AAAACUGAUUGGUCUUUAGACUGUAACAUGAAAAGUUAUUUUCUUACGUCUCCUGGACGAAACAAGUUUCAAAGAGAAUCGACAUGAUUUAUUUACGUUGGAUUGCGAUAUGUUUUAUUAUAAUUAUACCUUGUAUGAUACAAGCCGAAGAUUUGGCAUCAAAUGUGACUACGACUGACAAUAACAGCACUAAUGCAGAUGAUGGCUUGGCAAGCAUCAACAACAGUUCGACUCACGACGAAGAAAAAUCAGAAAAUAAUACAACCGUAACAACACAAUCAAGUAAUGCAACAAAUUUGGAAAGUAAUAAUACUUCAAACUCCAUUGAAAUAACCGAAAUUUCAAUUCUUCAAGAUGAGAAUUCCACAGAUUUAGUCCACGCUAACGUAACAGAUGAGAAAUUCAUCAAUAACGAAGAUCAAGACUUCAAUCUUACCAAACCUUUGAGCUCGAGUGCUGAAAACAACGAUAUAUGCUCUAAUUUGGGUAAUCCUAACGAUUACAUAGACAAUUUGAUCGAAAAUAUAGUAAAGAAUUCUUCGGGAGAAAUUAAUCUACCUUCUAAAUAUGGAUUCUUCACAUUAACAAAUGGAAGAAUGUGGGACCUUUCGAAUGCACAAAGAAUUGGCGAUGCCGAAGUCACUUGUACUAAUUUUUCCAUAGCUGUUCAAGCUUUGUUACGCUUCGAAGACGUGAAAGCCAUAUAUACUUGGCGCAGAAAAUCCCUUUUUAAUACAUGGAAAGGGAAAGCAUUUCUUCGAGUGGAUAAAAUUGAUAUCCAGUUUGGGAUAAUACAAAAUAAUACCGGAACUUAUCUGUAUUAUUUUAAAAUCAAAGACAUGAGCGGCAUUAAGGUUGAAGUUACGGGAAUGACUUAUGUAACAUGGGCCUUAUCUCGAUUGACAAAUUCGGUGAUAAACAACUUUCGUCGAACCGCGAGUGUUAUAAUCGAAGGGCCUUUUAAAGAAGCAUUCGCUAUAGAAAUUCGACGUACGAAUUUUCCUUUGGCUUGAAAUUAUCCUUACCUCCUUCCUAACGAUUAUUUUAUUAUUAUUAUUAUGUAUUCCAUUUAAUAUCUGUUAAAUUCUUUAGUGCAAGGCAUGAUUUACAAAUAAGCUGCAGCUUAGAGCCUUGCACCAUCUUCCUUACUAAUACGUAUUAUCCAGUAGGGCCUCUUGUAUUUUAUAACGUAGGGCCACAACAUGAUUAUAUCAAAUUCUGAGUGUGGCGUACGAAAUUUAUGCUGUAAUACUAAAUUCAAAUCUUAUAUAAUAAAUUGAAUAAAUGACAUAAAUAAAGGGAAAAAAUU